AAAAAAACAAACUAACGUUUGACGUUUCUGUCCGGGAAAAGCAAUGAAGUGAUCAACAGUUGCUCCCGCCUCCCAAUAAGCCUCAGGAAGGCCUGCAGCCCGCUCUGGCAAAUUUGAUGGAGCUGAAACUCCACUUGCGAUUCUGGAAUUGCUUCCCGUUUCAUCCUUCUCAUGUCUACAAUGUCGCUAUUCUUAUGAGCAGCUCUUCUUGGUUUCACGGCUAGUAUCGUGUCUGGUACGCCAAGCAAUUACAGUGCUACUUCUCUUGAUCGUACCAGUUUUCCGGCGGGGUUUAUUUUUGGGACUGCAUCAUCAGCUUACCAGUAUGAAGGUGCAGCAAAAGAAGGCGGUAGAGGACCAAGUAUCUGGGAUGCUUAUACACAUACAUACCCAGAAAAAAUAAAGGAUCGAAGCAAUGGGGAUGUGACUAUUGAUGCUUAUCACCGUUAUAAGGAAGAUGUUGGCAUUAUGAAAGACAUGGGCUUAGAUGCUUACAAAUUCUCAAUCUCAUGGUCCCGAAUAUUACCAAACGGAAAACUAAGUGGAGGAGUGAACAAGGAUGGAAUCAACUACUACAACAACCUUAUCAAUGAGCUCCUUGCCAAUGGUAUUCAGCCCUUUGUGACACUCUUUCACUGGGAUCUUCCUCAAGCACUAGAAAAUGAGUAUGGUGGAUUCCUAAGUCCUCGCAUUAUUGAGGAUUUUCAAGACUAUGCGAAGAUGUGCUUUGAACAAUUCGGUGAUAGAGUGAAACACUGGAUAACACUAUAUGAGCCAUGGACCUAUAGUGUUAGUGGUUAUGGGUUUGGCAUGUUGGCACCCUUCAGAUGCUCACAUUGGCUUCAGCUGAAUUGCACUGGUGGGGAUUCUGCUACAGAGCCAUAUUUGGUUGGACACAACCUACUUCUCGCUCAUGCUGCUGCUGUUAACUUGUACAAGCAAAAUUAUAAGGCAGCACAAAAGGGUAUCAUAGGGAUCACAUUAUUCUCACACUGGAUGGUUCCCUACUCCUUUAAAAGCCAUGACCAUAUUGCUGCAUUUCGCGCCCUCGAUUUCAUGCUAGGAUGGUUUAUGGACCCAAUAGCCAAUGGUGACUAUCCUCAUAUCAUGCGGUCUCGUGUUGGAAACCGAUUGCCAAAAUUCUCGGCAGAGCAGUCCAAGACGCUAAAAGGGUCAUUUGAUUUUCUUGGGUUAAACUAUUACACUGCUAAUUAUGCAAUCGAUAUGAUGGAUUGUCCUAAGUCUGUGAAUGCAACCUACUUGACAGAUUCUUGUGUUAAUCUCACGGGUGUGCGCAAUGGGAUUCCAAUAGGUCCACGGGCCGCUUCUGAUUGGCUGUAUGUUUAUCCGAGAGGAAUUCGAGAUCUUUUGCUAUACACAAAGAGGAAGUACAAUAAUCCAAUCAUAUACAUCACUGAAAAUGGGAUCAACGAGUUCAACAAUGCCUCAUUAUCACUGAAGGAAGCUCUUAAUGACGAAACGAGGAUAGAUUAUCACUAUUGCCACAUUUCAUACCUUGAAAAGGCAAUCAAAGAUGGUGUCAACCUGAAAGGAUAUUUUGCAUGGUCAUUGUUGGACACCUUUGAGUGGACUUGGGGUUUCACAACACGAUUUGGUUUCAACUUUGUAGACUACAAAGAUGGCUUGAAGAGAUAUCCUAAAAGUUCAGCCCACUGGUUCAAGAACUUCCUCAGACCCACACAAGCGAUGCCUUCACAACGAGAUAAAAGGCUUCAUACAUUUUCAUUUUUGAGCCAACACUCCGAAGAAUAUCUAUUGUUGAGUAGUUAACAGUCCCAAUUGAAUCAUUUUUCAUAGUUGAUCAUCUCUCAGACUUGUUUGAGUGAUACUGAAUUUGAAAACGAUACAUAUUUAUGCAGAGCUAUUUGUCGAUGCAAAUAUGCAAUGAUAUUAGCCAGUACUGUGUAAAAUUCUGCAUAGAUGUGAUCUUACCAUCUAUUCUCAGCUCUCUCUUUAUAGCUUAAA